AUGCGCUACGACCGAACCCGCCUCUCCGCCCGUCGACCCGACUGUGUUUCCUGCGGCACCUCUCCCCCGCCUUGCGUGUGUCUCUCAGGUGAGACGUGUAUCCAGAUCUCCCAGAGCUGUUCAGCUUGCGCCUCCUUCACCUGCGUGACCUCCGCAAACCAACCCGUCUUCCCAGUAUCCACAGCUGCGGCAAACGCUCAGCUUCCCAACGCCGCGAGCACGCUGAGCGUCAGCGGCGACUCAAGCUCAAGUACGACCCAUCAUGAUGAUGGCGCGAUCAUCGGCGGCUCCGUCGGCGGCGGCCUUGCACUUCUUGCCUUGCUGCUCGCCAUGACCGUUUACGGAGUUGUACUGCGCCGAAGGAAGAUGCGUGGUAUGGGUAUGAGGACACGAGGGCCGGUGCAUAGACGGUAUGGCGCCGGGGACGACUCUGAUUCGACGGAACCUGCACUCAUGCGUGAGAGCGAGAGGGGUUUUUAUUGA